GCGAUCUCUAAUAGGUUCCCACCUCACUCGGCCCCGGACCCCCAGGCGGUAAAGGUGGCAGGCGGGGAGUUCGCUUCUGCGCCAUCUUCCGUUGGAUGCUGUCUGGGCAGUGGUUGGAAUCUGAAUCUUGAACUUUCUGAGGAGAGCAUCUGAGCUUCAGUGUUCCUGUCAGGUUUCUUUGCAAGGAAAUAAACCAGCAGCUUCAAUCAACUUCAACUCUGUCAUACCUUCAUGAUGUUUCCCUUGGUCAGAAAUGCGCUAAGUGCUCUCAGGAUCCGAAGGAUUCAACAAAUUAGACAGAGUCACUCAAAACACUCACCAGAUUUUCAUGACAAAUAUGGUGAUAUCCUACUAGCCAGUGGAGCCUCUUUCUGUCUUGUUACAUGGGUAUUUCUAGUCACACAGAUUGGCAUACAGUGGGGCCGUUCCCCUGUUGGCAGAGUUACCCCACAGGAGUGGAAUGAAGAGUAACCAUCACAGUUACUGUAAUACAGAAUUGUUUCAAGAUCAACUUGUUAAUUAAGCACUCUGUUGCUCAUUAAAAUAUAGCAUACUUGAAGAAAUAAAAUGCAUGUGAAACUGUUGAAAA